AUGGCAACCCUUCACUACCUCCCACCUGUCAAGCCUUCGGCCAUCGCUCUCGGCACCAUUUUCAACCACGCCGCUUCGCUUGCCAUCCUCGCACCUGUCUUCGGUGACACUUAUCACCGCGCACAAGCCGCAAAUUCCAAGGAGGAGUUCCUCAAGUCCAAGGAGGCCGCCGGUGCCGCCGCUGCAUGGGGUUCAUCCCUAGUCGGUAGCGCCGUUCAGUCUUACGGUGUCGGUGCCUUGAUCAAUGCUACUGGUACGCUGAGCUACAAAGGUGCCGCCUAUCUGGGUAGCUUGAUCUUCAUGGCUAGCUCUGCCCCGAGUUUCAUCUCUCAAAUCUUCACCGAGAAGCGUCCUCUCGACACUGUUGCAGUGGGCGCCCUUGCCCGUGUCUUCGAGACCGUCGGUCUCAGCUUGUUCCUUACAUACUGGGGAACCCACACCAACCCCUUCGACUAA